AUGGGCGUUUCUUCCACCACCAUCGUAGCGCUGUUGCUGCCAGCGCUUGCUUAUGCGCAGAUUGACCGAGAAAAGGUCGUCACGAAGUACAAUGUUGUGCGCACCAGUCUCAUCAACGAUACACAGACUCCAUUACAGGUCGGCAAUGGAGACUUCGCCUUUAACAUGGACAAUACGGGAAUGCAGGUAUAUGCCUAUGCUGAUAUAUAUUUCGACCCGAAGACUGACUAA